AUGUAUGAAAACUGUGUGAAGAUCGGCGCUACCAUCCUUCCAGCCAACCGACCUAACAGCAAUUACCUGUACGAGAUCUACUUUGUGACAGGAAGUCGGAACGGGUCCGGAACAACUGCGCAUGUCGGCUGUGAGAUCUUUGGUGAGAGUGAGAAUAGUGGCCCAUGCUACUUGCUUGACUCCACUCGACCGCUGUUCAGAAGAGGGGAUUUGAACGUUUUCAUAAUUUCUUUGCCAAAAAGCCUUGGAGUCAUUCGUGGAGUAAGGAUUUGGCAUGAUAACAGCGGCAAAAGUCCAUCCUGGUUUUUGAACAGAACCAUGCUAAGAGAUUCUCAGACCGGAGAAAAAUGGAUUUUCCUUGCUGGUAGGAAUGAACGCAGACCAUUUUCCUGUUGCUGUUUUGUGUAUUGCUUUGAGUAUAUUCCGGUAAAAUGUCCCGAAUUAUUCCUAUUCCCAGACUCGCUCCUAAGAAUGCUAUUUACCAUUACACAAGAGUCCUUUUGUAUGGAAUGUAGACGAAACACGAAGGAGUGUCAUUUUGACUGGUUUUUACUCUACAUUUUUAGCGUAAUAAAUGUGUUGAAAUCUCCGCCUUGUACGAUACUGAAUUAUUUAUUUACCUUUCCUGCAGGCCGUUGGCUCGAUGUAGCAGAGGAAGAUGGCAAAGUGGAUAUAUUUUUUCGUCCUGCAACUGAAAGUGACAUGAUUUCCUUCAAGAAAUUGUUUAACACAAAAAUUCGUAAGGAGAUUUGCGACAAUCAUCUGUGGUUCUCCGUGGCCUACCGUCCUGCUAGAAGUCCAUUUACACGGCUCCAAAGACUUUCCUGCUGUCUCUCUCUGCUGUUCUCAUUCAUGGUCGCAACGGCUAUGUUUUACGGUUCAGGCCCUCAACCAGGAGAUACGUCUGGGUCUGUCCAGAUGGGUCCCAUCAAGAUUAACAUGCGCAUGCUUAUAAUUGGGAUAGAGAGUGCAUUGGUGGUAGUUCCUGUUAACGUCUUGAUAGUUGCCUUGUUCAGAAACUCCAAAGCAAAAGAAAGGAGGGCUGGGAAGAAACAAGGCUGUAAUGGCCAUGCAACGUUUCAAACGUCAGAACAAAAUGAAGAGAUUGACUCUAUCAAUAGUGGUACAGAAGGUUUAGAACAAAGCAAGGAUUGGGAGACAAAUCUUAAUGAUAUCCAUUGUAACAUCAAUGGUGAAGAAGACGUUGAAAAUGGCCAAGAGGAAAACAGUACAAACCUUAAAGGAAGGGAACCAACUGUUAAAAGCGAAAGCCCAGAGGAUGAAGCUUUAAUGGAAACACAAAACCCAAGCUUUUUAGCAAGAAUUGGCGCUAAGUUUCGACGAUCAGAAGGCCCAUGCUUUCCAUACUGGUGCGUGUACGUAGGCUGGGUAUUGUGCAUCCUGACUACAUUAUUGUCUGCGGUGUUUACGCUAUUUUACAGCAUGAUGUGGGGCAGAGAGCAGUCGAACAUAUGGCUCACGACAAUGGCCAUCUCGUUUGUCCAUGACACUCUCAUCAGUCAGCCAUUUAAAGUUCUCAUUGUGUCUUUAAUCUUUGCAAUAUACAGCAAGUCGUCUGAUGAAGACAAUCUUGAAGAAUUGUCAGCUGCAACAGACGACGCCAACGAGGUGGAACAAGAUUUGACGAAUGACGAACUCUCCCAGUACGAUCCCCCCAGUAAGAAAAUCUUGAAAAUCUUGCGGAUUCGAGAGAUUAGGAGACGUCAGACCAUCAAACUCUUCACAGAUCUGUCCGUGUACGUGAUUCUGUUGGCAAUGGUGAUGAUUUUAAGUUUCCAGUACAGGAACCCAGCUUCGUACAAGAUGAUAAACACUUUGCGGCGCGUGUUUGUAGAUCCAAUCCAGAACAGUACUCGUGUUCGCUUUGACCAGGUACGCGUCCUAGUGAACACCGUCAGUUCCAUUUGGGACUGGACGAGACGAACCUUGCUACCAGGCCUGCACCCUGGGCCACUGUACGAUGGUCUCCAAAGUGAACCGUACAUUGCCGACAGAAUGUCACUGCAGUUGGGUGUGGCUAGGUUACGGCAAGUUCGUGUUCAGAAAGGAACCUGCGAAGUCAACACUUGGUUCAAAGACAUUUUUAGUGAAUGCAAUGGAUUCUACUCAAUGAGCAAAGACGACACGAAGUUUUAUGCUCCACGAUGGGAAAAUGCAACAGAAAAACCAGAAAAUACAGACAAGGGGAAUAUCUUUUCAUUCUCGUCUAGGAAAUCAGACCACGUGCAUUCGCCCUGGGAGCACAUUAGCAACUUUGGGGCCUAUCAUGUGCUGCCAGUCAUUGGGAAAUUUUCAACCUACAGUGGAGGUGGUUAUGUCAUGAAUCUGAACAGGAGUGUAGAUAUAGAUCAGCAACAAAAUUUAUUCUGGUUAGACAGUCGCAGCAGGGCGGUUCACGCCGAGUUUGUCGCCUAUAACCCCACUAUCAAUAUGGUUGCGGCUGUGACGAUUACAUUUGAGCUUCCACCAUUGGGUGGCGUCUUCAAAAGUUUCGAGGCCUUCACCGUGAGCAUGUAUGGUUCUUUGAGGAAACACCCUGCUGUUAGAAUAACUGGCGAAGUUAUCGCUGCCAUUGUGCUCGUCUUCAUGAUAUAUCGUGUCGUUCUUACCAUAUUUCACGACAAGUGCCGAUACUUCAAAGAUCCUGCUAAAGUUUUGGACCUCAUUUUUGUGUUCUCUGGCGUUGUAAUCGUGUUCUUGAAAGUUCUUAAAGAAGGCUUCAAAAAGCUAGCAACUGAUCAGUUUAAUGCAAACCCAAAGCAGUUCCUCGACUUUUACCAGUGUGGGUUCUACGACGAGUUAACCGACUACGCUUUUGCUUUCCUCAAUUUCAUAGCCAUUGUGAGGUUUUCGGUUUUCUUAAAGUUUCUCGGCUGUUUGGAGCACAUCCUGACCACCAUCGCGGGAUGCUUUUAUGACCUGCUUGGGUGUCUGUUGGUGUUCGUCUGUCUAAUGAUGGCAUUCACGUCACUGUUCUCAAUUGCUUUCAGUGGCGACAGCGACAAUUUCAAAGACUUCUCCAGUUCACUGCAGACCUCAAUUUCAUACAUGGCUCGAAUGGUUAGAACCAAAGAGGUUGUAACCUCACAUACAGUUGUACGAGCAGUGGCUUUAUUUUCGUGUUGUGUGACUCUGAUCUUCUUUUACUUAACUAUGAUUCGGUCGGUAUUCAUUGUAGGAUAUAGAAAAACGUUGAUUGAAGAUCGUGGGCGACAAAAAGAGAAAUCCUUUGAAUCUGGAAUUUUUGAGAUAUUUAUGGAUAAGUUUCUUGAGAUAGCGGGAAUGGAGAGGGAGAAGGAGCAAGUUGUGGAGGAAGAAGAUCCCGUUGAAGUUAGGUUAAGGUCUCAGAAGAACUACAUCGAUAAAAGUCAGUUCCGCCGCCUUCGACAUCUCGUCAACGAGGUUUACACCGAUGACUUUGUUGAAGAUUUAAGGCUCUUUGAAGUUAUGCAUCUGAACGAGAAAUCUCAAAAUUCUACGAGCAAAGGUAUCGACGUCGAAGAAGAGAAUAGAGAUACAAUUUCGGCUGUUUCUCACAUAACCUGGGAAUGCCUGCGAUUCCAUGGCCCGGAGAUUGCCCAAGCUAUAUUUCAGAUGGUGAUCCCAAAACUGUUUACUGCGAACGACGCCAACGAGGUGGAACAAGAUUUGACGAAUGACGAACUCUCCCAGUACGAUCCCCCCAGUAAGAAAAUCUUGAAAAUCUUGCGGAUUCGAGAGAUUAGGAGACGUCAGACCAUCAAACUCUUCACAGAUCUGUCCGUGUACGUGAUUCUGUUGGCAAUGGUGAUGAUUUUAAGUUUCCAGUACAGGAACCCAGCUUCGUACAAGAUGAUAAACACUUUGCGGCGCGUGUUUGUAGAUCCAAUCCAGAACAGUACUCGUGUUCGCUUUGACCAGGUGAACACCGUCAGUUCCAUUUGGGACUGGACGAGACGAACCUUGCUACCAGGCCUGCACCCUGGGCCACUGUACGAUGGUCUCCAAAGUGAACCGUACAUUGCCGACAGAAUGUCACUGCAGUUGGGUGUGGCUAGGUUACGGCAAGUUCGUGUUCAGAAAGGAACCUGCGAAGUCAACACUUGGUUCAAAGACAUUUUUAGUGAAUGCAAUGGAUUCUACUCAAUGAGCAAAGACGACACGAAGUUUUAUGCUCCACGAUGGGAAAAUGCAACAGAAAAACCAGAAAAUACAGACAAGGGGAAUAUCUUUUCAUUCUCGUCUAGGAAAUCAGACCACGUGCAUUCGCCCUGGGAGCACAUUAGCAACUUUGGGGCCUAUCAUGUGCUGCCAGUCAUUGGGAAAUUUUCAACCUACAGUGGAGGUGGUUAUGUCAUGAAUCUGAACAGGAGUGUAGAUAUAGAUCAGCAACAAAAUUUAUUCUGGUUAGACAGUCGCAGCAGGGCGGUUCACGCCGAGUUUGUCGCCUAUAACCCCACUAUCAAUAUGGUUGCGGCUGUGACGAUUACAUUUGAGCUUCCACCAUUGGGUGGCGUCUUCAAAAGUUUCGAGGCCUUCACCGUGAGCAUGUAUGGUUCUUUGAGGAAACACCCUGCUGUUAGAAUAACUGGCGAAGUUAUCGCUGCCAUUGUGCUCGUCUUCAUGAUAUAUCGUGUCGUUCUUACCAUAUUUCACGACAAGUGCCGAUACUUCAAAGAUCCUGCUAAAGUUUUGGACCUCAUUUUUGUGUUCUCUGGCGUUGUAAUCGUGUUCUUGAAAGUUCUUAAAGAAGGCUUCAAAAAGCUAGCAACUGAUCAGUUUAAUGCAAACCCAAAGCAGUUCCUCGACUUUUACCAGUGUGGGUUCUACGACGAGUUAACCGACUACGCUUUUGCUUUCCUCAAUUUCAUAGCCAUUGUGAGGUUUUCGGUUUUCUUAAAGUUUCUCGGCUGUUUGGAGCACAUCCUGACCACCAUCGCGGGAUGCUUUUAUGACCUGCUUGGGUGUCUGUUGGUGUUCGUCUGUCUAAUGAUGGCAUUCACGUCACUGUUCUCAAUUGCUUUCAGUGGCGACAGCGACAAUUUCAAAGACUUCUCCAGUUCACUGCAGACCUCAAUUUCAUACAUGGCUCGAAUGGUUAGAACCAAAGAGGUUGUAACCUCACAUACAGUUGUACGAGCAGUGGCUUUAUUUUCGUGUUGUGUGACUCUGAUCUUCUUUUACUUAACUAUGAUUCGGUCGGUAUUCAUUGUAGGAUAUAGAAAAACGUUGAUUGAAGAUCGUGGGCGACAAAAAGAGAAAUCCUUUGAAUCUGGAAUUUUUGAGAUAUUUAUGGAUAAGUUUCUUGAGAUAGCGGGAAUGGAGAGGGAGAAGGAGCAAGUUGUGGAGGAAGAAGAUCCCGUUGAAGUUAGGUUAAGGUCUCAGAAGAACUACAUCGAUAAAAGUCAGUUCCGCCGCCUUCGACAUCUCGUCAACGAGGUUUACACCGAUGACUUUGUUGAAGAUUUAAGGCUCUUUGAAGUUAUGCAUCUGAACGAGAAAUCUCAAAAUUCUACGAGCAAAGGUAUCGACGUCGAAGAAGAGAAUGCCAAUUUGACGAAUAGACUGAAAUUCAAUGGAAGUGAUGAAAACAGCUUUGAAAAGGUGCACGAUGACGGUGGAAGGGGUAAGACGCUUGUAAGAUUCAAUCUUCGCGGUCAUGAAGUCGAACAGCCCACAAAAAACAAUAUGCAGAACAAGACCUCCAAGACGCCAAAUGAAGCUGACAAAUUGAAUUUACUUGAGACCUUAGUCCAAGAGAAAAUGAGAUCUUUGCAAAGAAAACAGGAGGAGUCGUCACUUCGUGAAGAGUCUGAAUCUGUGGAACGCGAAAUUCAGAUGCUUGCCAGAUUAAAACAGAGAAUCGAUGCUACAAAAAGGAACAAAACACCAGUAUUGUUGCCCGCCGAGGAAACCACUGACGGAAAAGAUGAUAGCAACUGUUAA